CCGGCAGGUCCACAAAGAUCCGCCGACAUACGAAACAUCAUAGGCCGUUCAACCGUCACGAUGUAGUAGCAGAACCUAAGUUCAUGUUUACAAAGGUUCCACUACGUCAUUGUCCAGGACUGAUUUUUCUAUCUGGUUGGGUUCGCCACUGCGAUGGGGAUUAUUUAUUGCGGGCCAUUCAGCCCGCUCUUGUCCCACCAAUUGUUGCAAUUUGCACCUCGCCAUUGGAAUUAUAUCUGAGUCAAUUAUAGCGACCAUGGCAAGCCCAACAAGAAAGAUUGUCUGUUUCUCAGACUUCGACGGCACGAUUUUUAUGCAAGACACGGGCCAUAUCCUCUUCGAUAACCUUGGGUGUGGCGAGAAGCGCCGUCAGGUGCUUGACCAGCAGAUCAAAUCCGGUGAGCGAUCGUUCCGGGAGGUCUCCGAGGAGAUGUGGGGUUCCUUGCAGGUUCCAUUCGAGGAUGGGUUCGAGGUGAUGAAGGACGAACUGGAGAUCGACCCGGGAUUCAAGGAAUUUCACCAAUUCUGUAUCGACCACGGGAUCACGUUCAACGUGAUCAGUGCGGGACUGAAACCAAUCUUGCGUAAAGUGCUGGAUACUUUCCUGGGCCAGGACGAAGCUUCGCAAAUCGAGAUUGUCGCAAAUGACGCGCAAAUUAACCCCGAUGGAUCGCAAUGGAAGCCAAUCUGGCGGCACGAAACUGAGCUCGGUCACGACAAGGCCCUCUCCGUGAAGGAAGGUCGUGUCCAAGCCGAAGAGCUGAGCGACGAGAACGAGAUCCCCCUCAUUGUUUUUAUCGGCGACGGCGUAUCCGAUCUGGCAGCAGCCCGGGAAGCCGACGUUCUUUUCGCCCGGAAGGGACUCCGAUUGGAAGAAUACUGCAUCGAACACCAGAUCCCCUUCAUCAGCUUCGAAACAUUUACUGACGUGAAGAAAGAGGUGGAGAAAAUCAUGAAGGAGGACCAAGAGAAGACUGGAGGCGUGGGUAAACCGGCUCGGUUUAACCCCCGCGCUAACAUGUGGAGACGCGUUUCCAGCAAACAAGCUGUUCCGAAGUUUGUCGCCGCGACGCCGUCCAAGGAAGAGAAGAUGUUCCUUUGGCCGGAGAACUUUUCCCAGUACCAACCUAAGCCUGUUCCCGAAAACAUGGCUUCUUGAAGGACUCCAUUUUAAUAUUUAGACAUGCAUAGUUUGGCGUGCUAGGUAUCACCAUUGACAUAAAGAAUUAGGGUGGCUAUGACCCAUACAUUUCCGUUGAAAUCUACUGUAUAUAGAAAGGAUAUAUAUCUCACGAUGUCAAGAUCUAGAAGUCUUCCCAAUACAAUAUCAAAAUGAA